UCCAACAUUGCUGUGUCUGAAGCAAGUCAGGGCGCACGCUUGCCGCGCUUUUAAAAAAAAAUAAUUUCGAAUCUUUUCAAAUUUUACGCGCGAUUUUAGUUUCCUAAUUUAAAUGUUGAUUUAAUUGUUAGUAAAAAUGAAGUCGUAUCAAGUCUUUAUUUUAUUCCUCGCUGUGAUUACACCGACCACAUCGAACACACAUAUAUUUGGAGGUCGUUGUUCGAAACAGGAUCCCAAUGUGGACGCGUGUUUACUACGAAGCUUCAACAAUCUACUAGAUUACUUGAAAAGUGGUGCUCCAGAUUUCGGAUUGGAAGAGUCAGACGAGAUAGUGAUAGAUGAACUAUCUAUAGCUCUGGGCGGAGGUCCCGAUGGAUACCGAGCUACGUUCAAAGAUAUCCACGCGACGGGAGUCAAUAACAUGACUAUCACUAAUGUCAGAUCAGACUUAGAAACCCAUCAAUUCCAGCUAACAAUGUUCGGACCCCACAUUAGUGCUAAAGCACGCUACCGUUCCUCUGGCGUGCUGCUGCUCGUUAGAGCGAGUGGUGGAGGAGAUUAUUGGGGAGAAUAUGACGGUGUAAAAGCCAAAGUAUACUUCCGCGGGUCGCCGUACACUCGCAACGGACGGACUUACCUCAAACUGCAGCAGUUGAAGCUGGACUUCUCCGUCAAGGGCAUUCAGAUGGGGGUCGAGAAUCUGGAUAACAGCAACUCUGUGUUACAAGCAGCACUAAACCUGUUCAUAAACACAAAUGCACAAGAACUCCUCAAGGAAAUGAAGCCCGCGCUCAAACGGGACUUGGCUGAGAAAAUGUCCAGAUUCCUUGAUAGAAUCCUCGCUAAAAUACCGUAUGAUGAUUGGAUUAAUGAAGAAGAAACAGAAGAAGCAGAGGAGGAAGAAGAAGAAGAAGAAAAAUAAUUUAAAAAAAUCUCCCGCCAAUUUUGUAUUGUCAGAUAUUUUUUACCUGUGGAAUGCUAAUUGAGAGAUAUGCAUUCAUGUGAAUAAAAUUAUUUAGGUAAAUUAAAAAACUGAAAGUUCUCGAAAAUAUGAAGAAAGUUUUAAAUAUCUGUACCUAUAUUUUAUCUAGUGUUUUUGGUAGAAUCGGAUUUUUUUUCAGAAGAAAAUUAUUCAAUUCUCUUGCACUAACUAAAAGGAAAAGGUAUUUCAACGUAAAAUGUAUCUGAUAACAACGAUUUUUUUACGUAGGUAAUUGUUACUCUUAAGUUGUUAAGUAUUGUAAAUUAUUUUCCAAUAAAGUUAUACUCCUUUGAAAGAAUCGAAAGGUGCUAUAAGGUUGUGUGCAGUUUCAAUGAUUUUAUAGUAACAUUCUCUUACAUCGUUGUUUGGGAAACAAAUAAAGAAAAAAAACCUUUUUAAUUUCCAGAAUAUUCGAAACAAUCAA